UUUGUUGACAAAAAUGACGAGCAAUGACUUUUUUCUCUUUCUUGGGGGUUUUAUCUGUUAACUUUGCGCUUUCCUUUACCGUCGAAAUGUGAAUUAUUACAUAAGUUAAGCUCAAAUGAUCACUCCCAGUCUCAACCAUAAUACAUAUACAUAAUCAACAUGACACUGUCAUUUUCAGUUACUUUUGAAUAUUUUAAUACAAAUAUCAUUUAUGUGCAAUGAGCACAACAUUUCAGUGAGCACCAUAAAGACAAACAUCAUGUCGGAAAUUUUUUCCCUUUAAACUGACGGGGUGGCAUUUCACCUGAGCUUGGCCCUGUAAUUAAAUCAUCACUACACGGUUUCGUAGACAGAAAUCGAGAUAAUAGCCCAAUUUAUAAUGAUGUCCGAAAACACCUUGGAUCUCUGCAAGAUUCGUUGCACCCGAUUUUAUUAAAGAUAAGGUUAAAUGUGGAACUUGAAGAGGAAGUCUGGGGCAAUUAAGACCCCCUCCUCCGCUAGUCCUUGCGUCACGCGUCCCUUCACUAUCGCCUGGUUGAAUAUGCAACGAUUGCUCUUGCAGAAGUACGGUGUUUCCGUCAAAUUUGGCACUUAUAUGUGUCCGGGAACGUAUAUUAUUUGUGGAACCAAAUUUCGGGGAACAUUUUUUGCCAGAAAGCCUCAAAUUGGCAUAUAGCUUCAUCCCGUAGAGAGUCCUAUUGGAAAUACACAUUCUGUGACUUUAGAGGAAAAAGGGUUAGCCAGGAAAAUUGGACGUCAGUAUGGGGCAGGUCGGCCUGAGUACGAUGCCCGGAAAGGCUGGCCAUUCUGACAAGAAAGGAGAGGCUCUAUUGAAUUACGUACGGGAAAACGUCAUCGGCAGCGAGGUAGCUUUUGACGGUCCAUUUGGAUCUCGACCAGUCACCUACUGUGAUUAUACAGCGUCGGGUCGGCCGCUACAGUUUAUCGAAGAUUACAUCACAGACUAUGUCUAUCCGACCUACGGAAACACACACACCACUACCUCUAUCGUCUCCUUGCAAACUACCAAGUUUAGAAAUAGCGCACGGGACAUCAUAAAGAAAUGUGUCAACGCCUCCGAGGAUGACGUGGUGAUAUUUGUUGGAAGCGGCACGACGGGCGCAGUACAUAAACUUCUCAAUGUGUUAGGACUACAAACCGACCUCUUCGAUGAGACGAAUACGGUAGUAUUCGUUGGCCCGUACGAGCAUCAUUCCAACAUAUUACCUUGGAAGGAGAACGGGUUGAAGGUAGAAAGAAUAAGGGAAGACAAGGACGGCCUGUUUGAUGUGGAUUACCUGACAAAGUUACUGAAGGAAUACAAAGCCAAGCAAUACACAAUGAUUGGGGCGUUCUCUGCAUCUAGUAAUGUGACCGGAAUUUUGACCGACACUGUGGCCGUGGCAGAGAUAUUGCAUGAGUACGGCGCCUUGUCGUUCUGGGAUUACGCCGCAGGAGCUCCAUACCUGAAGAUAGACAUGAACCCCACCUCAACUGGUUACAAGGACGCCGUGUUUUGCUCCCCACACAAAUUCAUAGGUGGUGUUGGGACCCCAGGUCUGCUGAUCGCCAAGAAAUGGCUGUUUACAAAUUCUGUUCCUCACAACUGUGGCGGGGGCACGGUGUCAUACGUGACACGAGAGACGCACACAUAUCUCAACGACAUCGAGGAAAGGGAAGAAGGUGGGACGCCCGCCAUCGUGGAAUCCAUCAGAUGUGGGAUGGUCUUUCAGCUGAAAAAUGCUAUCGGCGCUGACUUCAUUGAACGAAAAGAGGCUGAACUGUGUCAAAUGGCGUACAGAGUAUGGAGCAGAAACCCGAACAUUUUGCUCCUUGGAAACAAGAGCGUACCGCGCGUUCCAAUCCUCUCAUUCCUGGUUUUGAAUCCAGAGAGCGGAAAGUUUCUUCAUCACAACUUUGUCUCCAUGCUUCUGAAUGACUUGUAUGGGAUACAGACUAGAGGAGGAUGCGCAUGCGCUGGACCCUAUGCGCAGGAUCUUCUAGAAAUGGAUGAAGAAAUGGCACAACGGUUUGCUGUAUUUUUUGCGGAGAGAGGCAAAAAUGGCGAAAUAACAGAACCCCAAGAAAUAAUGAAGCCUGGAUUUGCCAGACUAAACCUACCCUAUUUUUUCGAAGACUACACAGUGAAGUUCGUGCUGGAGGCCGUGAACCAAGUGGCCAGACAUGGAUGGAAACUCCUACCACUGUACCAUCUGGAUGUGAAGACGGGGACCUGCAAGCACAGACUGCACACUUAUAGUAUGCAGAGCCUUUUCGAUAUUGAAUACAAAAUGACGGGGAUGGAGGUUAAGUCUGAUGGCAUUACACGAAAUAUGUGCGUCACCAAGGAGGAGCUGAAGGAUGUCUUAAAGAAAGCCGAAAAAGUAUUUGCUAAAGCGUCUAAACUAUGCAGGGUCAUUAACUGUACCUACGACCAGGAGAUCAAGAUCUUACCAGAAGAGAGACAUUUUGUGUGGUUUCUACAGCCACGAGAUGCACAGAUGAUGCUGUUUGGGCCACGUAGAGAAGUCCAUAUCAAAACAGCAGCAAGCAGGGCGCUGGGCCUUCCUUUCUAUCCUAAGAGGUAUUCUGGUGGCCAUGAGUCAGAGAAGGAAGACAAGCGAAGAGUCGAAUCUCUAGGAAACAUAUCCGCGGAUAGUGGCGUAGAAUUCAACGACGUCCCGGAAGAUUACAUUUACGACGUUCCUCGGCGAUUCGUUCGUGACGAUCCACAGGUGGGCGAGCUCAUUCAGCCAUCGUCUGCAAUUUGGAGCCAAAACCCACCCUUUUCACGCACACAACCAAGAGAUCACAGGAUUUACACAAAGAAAAACCCACUCUACGUGGGGGAAGAUGCAUAUGCUGUCAUGCAUUCGCCACACCACCAUCGCCUGAGCAAGGGAGCACAUUACAGUUCCCAUGGCGACCUUCCACGUGCAGGACGCCUAGCAACGUAUGACUCCCUUGGCAACAACGCAUACGGCUCUACGAUGCAGUUGUAUUCUGAUCCACGAUGGCGUCGUGAGGUGAAUGGUAAAGAAUUGCGAAAUUUGGACAAAAAAGGUGGCAAGUAUCAGAGGAAAGGGAAGAGGGAUUCCGGUGGUAUGGUUUUACAAGAUCCCCCGUACAGAGCUUACACGGCACAAUGGCUGGAUGUUAACCAGAUAUAUUACAGCACGUGAACUGUAAUGAAUUCAAAGAAAAAAUGCAUCAAAAGAAACACGAUGAAUGAUUAAUGAUUCCCUUUUGGUACUAUGAGUAUUUUUUAUAAAUUCUUUUUGUACUUUAAAACUCCAUAAAAUUUCGAUAUUAGAAGCUUUAAUUUAAUACCAAGUGGACCUGUAGAUAAACAUAAAUACUAUUCGUAAAAAAAAAUCACGGGAGAAAAUAAGAAACCUUGAAGCUGGACCUGACCAUACCAAAACAGGACAAUCUGUUAGUGAGCUGUCACCUUACGGCCGUUCCCUAAUAAAAAUAUGGUGGCAAGAGUAAAAUCCUUAGACUGAGAAAUGUAGAACAAAAGAACAUUUUCUGGGUUAUAGUGCCACAGUGUAACUCAGAUUUGCGUCUGAAAAAAAA